CCGUCGCUUCCUCGCCGUCGCACAACGCCCGGCGCCUUUCCGCUCCAGCUCCGCCUUUCCCUUCCGCGCUCCCAUGGCCGGGCCGCCGGCGCCCCCGGUCACGCAGCAGGUCGGGCGGGAGCGGGGCUGCGGGCGGCGGCCGGAGCAGGAGCAGCUGCGGGAGGCCGCCCGCUGCCCGGUGCUGGACGCGGACGGCAGGAGCGUCCCCUUCCAGGCCCUGUACGCGGAGCAGAAAGCGAUCGUGCUGUUCGUGCGGAACUUUUUGUGUUACACCUGCAAGGAGUACGUAGAAGAUCUGGCAAAAGUCCCCAAGGCAUUUUUACAAGAAUCAAAUGUGAGGCUUAUAGUUAUUGGACAGUCAUCAUAUCAUCACAUCAAGCCUUUUUGCAGUUUAACAGGAUAUACACAUGAAAUGUAUGUAGAUCCACAAAGAGAAAUUUAUAAAAUACUUGGGAUGAAAAGAGGUGAAGGUAAUAAAGCAUCAGUUCAGAGCCCUCAUGUGAAAUCAAACACUCUUCUGGGAAGUAUUAGAAGUAUAUGGAGAGCAAUGACUGGCCCAGCUUUUGAUUUUCAAGGAGACCCUGCUCAGCAGGGAGGAGCUUUGAUUUUAGGCCCAGGCAAUGAAGUUCAUUUUUUGCACCUUGAUAAAAACAGGUUGGAUCAUGUUCCCAUUAAUACAAUCUUGCAGCUGGCAGGAGUUAAAACAGUGAAUUUCUCAAACAAACCCCAGAUUAUUGACAUAUGACACUGAAGCAAUGUAUACUUUUUUUGUAAAUUUGUGCUCUACAAGAACAGCUCUCUGGUGAAUUACAACAAGCAUUGCUUCUGUUGCUUCUUUGUGGGACAUCUGAAACCUUAUGUAGAAAAUCAGAGCAUAGAAUAAACUGCCUGACACUAGAGAUGGAUAUAAAAGUGCUAUUUCCAUUGAGUACAAGAUAAUAAAAAACAAAACACAACUCAGACUGAUUGCAAAAAAUCCUGGAGCUUAUUAUUGGCUCAUCAGACAAACUUGCCAGUGUUUUUUUAAACAUCGUUGUUCAGGGUGCACUAAGGUAAGAAAUCAGAUUUUGCUCAGGAAGAACUUGGGAUUCCUGCCUUCAGCAGAUCAACACUGGCUUUCAAUCCAAGAUUUUUCAGCACUGUUUUAAAGCUUCCAGCACCGUAUGACAAUUUUGUAUUGAAAUACACCUUGAAAAGCCACAGUUUUGAACACCUGGACUUCAUUUGCAUCUGGCAGUGGCAGAAGUUAUGAAACACAUUUCACAAAUUCAAAUAAAAAUUUUAAAUACA